GCACCCACCUUGUCCACCAGCAGCAGCACAGUGCGCCAGCAGCCAGAGAGCAGGCGUGGGGCUCACCGGGGAGCAGGCACGACGGAGCGGCAGCAGCACGGGGAGGCAGCCGGGGUACUUCUCACAGAAAGCUCGGUCGGUUCAUGGUUCGAGGGAAGCCGCAGUAAGACCUCCAAGGACCGGGGAGGUUAAUUUUGUCAGCCGCGUAAAGGGGAACUCCUACACGGGCAAAUUUUGGGAGUACCGUAACCGGUGGUGGUGGUGGUAGGAGGGGGGAAAGAUGCAGUUCCAGUCCGACUCUGGGCGCCGCGCAGUCCGCCUCCGACGCUGGUGAUGCCCGGCGUGCGGGGAUCACCGCCCAGCAGCAGCAGCAGCAGGAGCAGGAGGAGCAGCAGGAGCAGGAGGAGGAGGGGGUCGGGACAACAGUGCGUCGGGGGGCCGAUGACGAUGGUGGUAAGGUCGGGAUCAUGGCUAACGGAACCGGCACCAUCAUGUUAAAAUGCGUCGUGGUUGGAGACGGUGCAGUGGGGAAGACGUGUCUCCUGAUGAGCUAUGCCAAUGACGCCUUUCCAGAGGAGUAUGUGCCCACAGUCUUUGAUCAUUAUGCAGUGAGUGUCAACGUCGGUGGAAAGCAGUACUUGCUGGGACUCUAUGACACAGCUGGUCAGGAGGACUACGACCGCCUGAGGCCGCUGUCCUACCCCAUGACCGAUGUCUUCCUCAUCUGCUUCUCCGUGGUAAACCCCGCCAGUUUCCAGAACGUGCGUGAGGAAUGGGUGCCGGAGCUGCAGGAGUACGCACCCAGUGUCCCAUACCUGCUCAUUGGCACCCAGAUUGACCUUCGUGAUGACCCCAAGACCAUUGCCAAACUAAAUGACAUGAAGGAGAAGCCCAUACCCACUGAGCAAGGACAGAAGCUAGCAAAGGAGAUUGGUGCAUGUUGCUAUGUGGAAUGUUCAGCUUUGACCCAGAAGGGUCUGAAGACGGUGUUUGACGAGGCCAUCAUCGCAAUCCUGACUCCUAAGAAAAAGAAGGGAGCUCUGAAAAGAAGACUGGGACCCCGCUGCAUCAACUGCUGUCUGAUCACGUGAUACAUAAACCCGGAGAUCAUUCAGCAAACCAACCAUAAACCAAACCUGGACUGGAGGCAAAAGACAGACAAAAGAAAAAUGCACAGACAGCAGAGUGAGACAAAAGAGAGGACUGAAAAGGACAAAACAAGAGCUACUUUUAAGCUGCAGGGCUCUUGAAAGGCCAUAACUCUCUCCUGCUGUCCAACACAGGUUGAGGAUGCAGUUUACUACCAAAGGAGCACAAAACUCAAGUCAGUCUCUUCUUCUAAAAGACUUUUCGCCUCAAAAGUACCUUCUUUUAUAACCAUUUGUAACCAUUUUUCCUGUAUAAAAUUGUUGUAAGCCGUCAUGCGAAAAAACAAGAAAUGGCAUUUCAAUUUUACAAGAAAUGUGCAUUUUAAGGAGUUCAUUUCAGUUAAUUUCUAUUGUUUUGAAAGCUAGAGUCUUGGUUUGUGCAUUUCUCGACAGAAGAAUAGAUCAGAGAAUGCCGAUAGAUAAUGAGAGGUUGACUUACUGUGAGUUACACUGUGACAGUGACCAGGAUACAUUUCUGGACAUAAGGGCCCAGAGUUUUGUGGUUUUGACUUAAUACUUGUGCUACAAAGGCUCUGUUGGCCCACAAAGUCUGUCUCCAAUUAUUUGUCGGUUACACCACACAAGGUGCUUAACGUUGUGUGGGAGAUAAAACAAAUCAACAGUGAGUGUAAUGCUGUCCAGACAACAAAUCUUGGACCUUGAACUGUAUUAUUUUAAGUCAUGUUUUCAACUUAUGAAAAUCCUAUUAUUUUAUAGUGUGGCAUGCCAAAACAUCCUGUAAGUUUGGGGCUGAGGUCUUCAUCAGGAACUGAAGAGGUCUAUUAUCCAUUUUUUAAAUAUAUAUUAUCCAGAGUUUAUGAUUCUAUAUCUCAAAAACAGAGAUGAUCUAGUCUGUGCAAAUAUUAUACUGUCAGCUGGCUUACUUUUUUCUUUCAAGUUUUGCUAUCCUGCAAUAAUGUGUUAUCAUUUUAAGGUUUAGAAGAAGAAGAAGAAGAGGGAUCUCAUUUUAGAAAUGAAACUCUGAUUCAUAUCCAACGUCCAAAGAAUCAAAUGCACAUUUUCAUCCAAAUCAGGUGGCUAAGGUGACCCAAUACUGUAUAUCUACUGCACAACAUGAAGCACAGUCAGCGCCACUUCAUUUCCCAGCACAACAAAGCACAUUCCUCUGCUUUUGAACACUCCUCUCCCAGAAAAGGCUGUUUGAAGCACAGAAGAUGUGCACUGUCACACCAGGCACACAUAUGAGCAUAGCACACUAUCUUACCAUGCACAAUAAUCGUCCCUAAAAUACUACAGAUACCAUUUUCUAGUUAAAACUGGAAAGACACUGGCUCAAGAAGGGGUUGCAGCACCUGCACUUAUAAAUUUAAAUUGAAUGAAAAUGUUUCCCAGUGGAGAUUUACACAUACCGAAAAUAGAUCGAGUAGCACAACACAAACUACUUUGAUGAAUUGAUUAUAAAUAAACUAUUCACAGCAUGUAGCUAACUGAACCAACCGACAACCUUAGCUUGAAGAACACAACUUGUCUUAAAUGAAGAGUAAAAGAUGAAAUAAUGUACCAUCUUCCACACAUCUGACCUGAUCCAUUAAAGUGCCCAUUAAAAAGUCUAUUUUACUAAAACAACACAUUAUAGGCACUUCAAAUUACAACAGGUUAUGCCAAUAACGCUAGACUAAACGACAUAGCAUUAUUGGCUAUGUAAAAUUACAUUGGUUAGGUUAGCAUAAUCUAAUAUUUCUCUCUCUUCUCUCUGAAUUUUAUGAAUACUAUAACUAGAGAGUGAUAAAUUAAAAUGUUCUGAUCGGCCACUGGCAGCCCAACAAACCGGGAAAUAUACGAUGUUUCUGUGUUUCUGAGCACGUAGUUUGCUACGUUCCAGUAGCUCUCUUGGGUUGUUUAGUCUAAUAAAUAAACAAAACUAGCUCAUUAAAUGUUUAGAAAUUAACUAUUCUAAACCUAUUUCCUUAAACUCCUAAAGGUCAUCCAUUAAACUUCUGAUUUCAAGUUCCCUCUUUAAACGAACUAAGACUAGCUUAAUUGCCAUGGUAACUUCGUCCUCAAACAAACUUAAUCCAAACAUGACAGAAACAAAUUAAAACACACCAAAACUGCCUUGGUUAGUCUUUUAACUGUUUCAACAAUCGCCAAAUCUAGUUUGGUUGAAACAAGCCGUUAAUUCACUGUGUUAGAUAUGAAAAUAUGCUGUUGCUAGCCUCUUCGUGCUACUGGGGUUAGCCACCUAGCACAACAAGCUAGCUAGCUUGCUAUCUAGCUAUCUACUUAUGUGGUAGAUAGCUAGCUAGUUGGCUAGUUGGUAACUUUCUUAGAUUUUUAAAGUAUUAACUUGAAACUAAGAACUUAAAACAGACUUUACAAACAUAUUACGUGAUGGAUUUACAAAUGGCUGGUGCAACCCUGUCUGAGAUUCAAUUCUUCAAGAGUUUGAAUUU